UUGACAUCACCCCAAAUCGCCUUAUGGUUGUUAAGACUUGAACGGCUUUUUUCCUGCAUCUGCGGGAAUUUGUUUCGGCAAGGCAUUACAAGAUAAAGAAGAAGACCUAUCUCGGAUACAUCAACGUGGCUAUUUAUUGGUAAAAGUGAAGAAAAAAGGCUUUUCUGUCCAUUCAAAGAGCUACUUCGUGCCCCCGGUCCUGUGAUCCAGGUGUUGUUGCCGUCCUGUGACGGAUUUACCCUCUCAGCUGUCGGGCAAAAGGAAGAGCGGAAGCAAGGAUGCCAAAACCGAUCAAUGUUCGUGUGACCACCAUGGAUGCGGAGCUUGAGUUUGCCAUCCAACCAAAUACGACAGGGAAACAGCUCUUUGACCAGGUGGUGAAGACGGUGGGGCUGCGGGAGGUCUGGUUCUUUGGUCUACAGUAUGUUGACAGUAAAGGCUACAGCACCUGGCUCAAACUCAACAAGAAGGUGACCCAGCAGGAUGUAAAGAAAGAAAACCCUCUACAGUUCAAGUUCAGAGCCAAGUUCUUCCCCGAGGACGUCUCAGAGGAACUCAUCCAGGAGAUCACCCAGAGACUCUUCUUCCUGCAGGUGAAGGAGGCCAUUCUCAAUGAUGAGAACUACUGUCCUCCAGAGACGGCUGUUCUUCUAGCAUCAUAUGCUGUCCAGGCAAAGUAUGGAGACUACAACAAGGAUGUUCACAAACCUGGCUAUCUUACCCACGACAGACUGCUGCCUCAGAGAGUCCUUGAGCAGCACAAACUUACCAAGGAGCAGUGGGAGGACAGGAUACAGACCUGGCACGAAGAACACAGAGGAAUGCUCAGAGAGGACUCGAUGAUGGAGUACCUUAAAAUCGCUCAGGACUUGGAGAUGUACGGCGUGAACUACUUUGAGAUCAAAAACAAGAAGGGCACACAGCUGUGGCUGGGCGUCGAUGCCCUCGGCCUCAACAUCUACGAACAUGAAGACAAGUUGACACCAAAGAUCGGCUUCCCCUGGAGUGAAAUACGAAACAUCUCUUUCAACGACAAGAAGUUUGUCAUCAAACCGAUUGACAAGAAAGCACCGGACUUUGUGUUUUACGCCCCCCGACUGCGCAUCAACAAGCGGAUCUUGGCGUUGUGUAUGGGGAACCACGAGUUGUACAUGAGGAGGAGGAAGCCUGACACCAUCGAGGUGCAGCAGAUGAAGGCUCAGGCCCGGGAAGAGAAGCACCACAAACAGAUGGAGAGGGCUCAGCUGGAGAACGAGAAGAAGAAGCGAGAGUAUGCGGAGAAGGAGAAGGAGAGGAUAGAGCGUGAGAAAGAGGAGCUCAUGGACAGGCUGAGACAGAUUGAAGAGCAGACGAUGAGAGCUCAGAAAGAGCUGGAGGAACAGACUCGUAAAGCCAUGGAGCUGGAGCAGGAGAGAAAGCGGGCGAGAGAGGAGGCCGAGAGGUUGGAGAGAGACAGGCUAGCGGCCGAGGAGGCGAAGGCGGAACUGGCCAUACAGGCUGCAGACCAGCAGAAGACCCAGGAGCAACUGGCUUCAGAACUGGCUGAAUUCACAGCCAAGAUCGCUCUGCUGGAAGAAGCCAAAAAAAAGAAAGAUGACGAAGCCUCACAAUGGCAACACAAGGCUCUGUCAGCUCAGGAGGACCUGGAGAAGACCAAGGAGGAGCUGAAGACAGCCAUGACGGUGGUGCCAGCUCCUCCGGGUGGCAACGGUGAGAACGAGCAUGACGAGCAGGAUGAGAACCAUGCAGAGGACAGCGCGGAGCUCUCCAACGAGGGAGUCAGCCAGCUCGACCUGCGCAGCGAAGAGGCGCGCGUCACCGAGGCCCAGAAGAACGAGAGGGUCAAGAAGCAGCUGCAGACAUUAAGUUCAGAGUUGGCCGAGGCGAGAGACGAAACCAAGAAGACGCAGAACGACGUGCUGCACGCCGAGAACGUGAAAGCGGGCCGAGACAAAUACAAAACCCUCCGCCAGAUCCGACAGGGCAACACGAAGCAACGCAUCGACGAGUUUGAGUCCAUGUGAGAGCAGCACCUUUUCCUCAUCUGCUCCCGAACUCUCCCGUCAGCGGAUGCUCAGUUUUCACGGACAACAGAUGCUCGCCCCGGCAAUCCUGAGAAGUCAAAAAAAAAACUGCCAAAGUCGGCAUUUCCACUCCGACAUUUACGGAGCUGCCUACGCCACUCUGAUCAACGUCUCCUAUAAUCCUGAAAAGAAACUGCUAAACCAAAAGUGAAGCGUUUGUAUUUUGAGCUAACAUGGCCAUAGAAAGCUACAUUUGUGUUUUGUUUUUUUUUUGUAAUGCUUGAUGACUUGUAUGCAAAGGUUACGUAUGUCCUCUCUUUUUGUUUUUAAGAUGUCUUUGCUGCUUUUUCUUUGACUCGUUUUACUGAUGGCGCCCUUCUUUUAAGUUGUCUGUCCAACAUUUGAAUACAGACUGGAGUUUCUUUUGGGGGGGAGAGUAGGUCAAUAUUUUCAUUUAGUGUCAAAGCUAUGUUACAUUAUAACAAAAUAUUACAAGCUAAUUAUGCUAUUUAUAUCCCUGUCUGUGAGCUGAGGUCAUUUCAAUGUAUUGGAUUCAUUUAAACAACAACUACAGGUUAUAAUAAUAAACUCACUGCAGUAUUUCAACACUUUCAUGUCAGGCUGAAUUAAAAAUCCACAAAAGCAGUAUUUAGAAUGAAAUGGAAGCUCGUUGGGAAUAGAGCCACCCGUCUAGUCAGAAGGCAGGGACUGAUGAAUGAAUGUAGCAGAGGUCACAAAGGGAAAGUUUUUUUGUUUGUUUUUUUUUACAUGCAGAGAUGAUAGGGUAGCAAGGAGCUAUCACCCUGCGAUGAGGAAGUGUUCUAAGAUAAGCUAAUUGAUAGUUGUGUGUGUGUAUGUGUGUGAAGCAUCCAGUGUUUGAGUCCCAGUCACCACAGAUGGUUUUCUCUGCCUACCAGCUCACAGAGGAACAGGGUGACUGUUUGUGUGGAAGGCCUGCUUCCUGUGUGACUGGGGAGCUUAUGAAAACAUCAGUCCUCGAUCUCUGGACAAAUCUCUACCUCAGUAAUGUUAGCGGUGGUGACUGAAAGUCAAACACUCGUGGUGCCUCCCUCCGCCCUCCAGACGAUCAAAAAAAAAAAGAAGGUUGUUACUUCACAUGGUUGUUGUUACAUAUUUGGGUGGCGCUUCUUUUGCAGGCGAUGCGAUCUGCCUGAUAUUUUGGGGAGUUAAAGACUUCAGCAGGCUGUAAUGGCUUCAACAAAAUCUCCACCAACGUUAUAGAAAGCAUCUCUGGAGACUCUUUCUUUUCAACCAGAAACAACAGUUUGUCUUCUAAGCCUCCAAACUCCAUCGAUUAAAAAGGUUAAUUUAACUACACGGAACAGGAGGCGCUGGUCUACUGCUGCCUUCAUCUUUUAGUGUUCUCUUAAUAUGACGUAGAUCUGAAUAACUAUUUCAUGAAAGUCAAGAAUUAACUGAUCGAAGACAGGAUUGACCAGCAACUCUGAUGUCUGCAAGAUAAAAAAACAGUUUUUAUCAGUGGAGUUUGGGGCGCUUUAACGGCUGUUUAUGGGUUUUAAAGAAGGAUUUUACUAAACAAAAAAAGUAUCUCUGUAUCGAUCCUUUCUAAAAUGUUUUACAAGAUUUAACUGCAGCCAUUACAGCCGGUCCGCUGACUGCAGGCUGAAGCAAUUUACAAAGUAAAAAUACAGACGUGGUUAAAAAUCACUGAACUUUACCCUUUAAAUGUUUAUUUUGAAACUUUUUUUUUUUGUAUAUGUAACAUUAAGACAGUGGUUUCAUCCUGCUCCCUACACUGCUUAGAUUUUCUUGUUCAUUCUCAUUUUCUGCAAAAACAAACGAUGAGAAAGGUGACUGAAAUGAUGCUGCACAGAUCAUGUUUGAGAUGUACUGAAUGAUGAGAAAUGUUUUUGAAGAAGCUUUGUCUGUCAGUUAGUGAAAAUGAAGGAGGGUGAUGUGGGGCAUUUGAUCGUGAGGAGGCCGAUUCAUGUUCUCGUUCAAAUGAGAAACUUGUGAUCACAGAAAUGUAGAAGUUGUAAGUAGAUCUUAACAUGAAGAGACCCGACUGUUGUUCAAAUCUCUCCAGUGUCAAAUGGAGAGCAGGCCAAUUUCUUCCAUAACCUUUAUUCUAAAAUCUCAAACAAAACUUCGGUGCACAGAAAACAAAACAAUUGUUGGGGUGGAAAUCAGCUUGAGCGUGCUUUUUUUUUAUUAUUAUUAACAAUCCGAUGAAAACAUGUUAAUGGUAUUAUUUGUUAUGUGACAGCUGGUGUGGGUUAAUAUUUUUUUUAAUAGAGUUUUAAAGUUCAAGCACUUGUUUGAAACAGGACACUGAAGCCUGCCUUUUGUGUUUAACUUCACAGUGUCCAUUGAGAGAAUAUUGUUUGUGUUGUGUUUGCCAUAGCAGGUGGAAAAAUUUACCUUUUUUUUUGUAUUUUGUACAAAGAACCUCAAUUAGCAGCAUGCAUCGCUAUACUGGACAACUUCCCUGGAGGGGAAAACUGACAGCCCCGCCCCGUCUCUACUCCACGUUCAAGCUGUGAGGCUUCAGUUGAAUGUUUUUUUUUGGCCCGCCUGUCCCCUCCAGUGAAGCCAGGGUCCGUGGUGAUGCCUGCACUGGCACCAGCUGUCACAUUUUGCUGUUUUUUUUUUUUGUUCAUGUUUAGUACUCUUCAUGAUAGAUAGCACAGAUGGAUUGCAGUCCAUUUCAUUGGUUCACAAAUAAAAGUUUUAAAUUUUGA